CAACACAAACAUUGAAAAGAAAGAUUCUAAGAAAAACGAAAAUUUCGCUUUUUACUGCCUAUGGAUUCAACGGUAGAAAACGCCGAGAAAAGUGCCGAUUCCUUAAAUGAACAGUCGAGAAAAAGUGCUGAAGUUCUUGCAGAGGAACACGGUGAAAUAAUAUCCGAAGGUGGAGAUGAACACGCUUCAGAUGCGCCCAAAAAUUUGGAUGGAAUGUCCAGUUCCGAAGUGAAGGUAGACUCUGACACUCAAACGUCCGGGAGAAAUGAAGAAAAUACGGAGGAAGAAGCCGUUGAAGUUGUGGAAAUCGAGGAAAAGGUUAUAAUAGAGACGGUAGACGAAGGAAAACACGUAGAAGAAAGUCCCACGAAUGCUGAAGAGGAGAGGUUAAAUAUAACAGAGACAAUAGAAACGAUAGAUUUGCCGUCAGAAGAUGAGACUGUGACUCCUGCGAGUGAGCCUUCGUCCUUAGAAAGACAAGGGGAACCUGCCGAGCUGCCACAGGAAGCAAAAAAGCAAGAUGAGUGGACAGAUUUAUUGGGAAAUGGUCUAUUGAGAAAGAAGGUCAUCCAAGCUGGUAAGGAUGGCGGCUCUCGACCUGCGGCUGGUCAAGAAGUUUGCAUCAAGACUGAAGGAAUGUUGCCUAACGGCGAUAGGUUUGAUUUAAAUGAAGAGUUAAAGUUUAUCAUUGGAGAUGGAGAUGUUGUUACAGCAUUGGAUUUGUGUGUCCCGUCUAUGGUGGAAAAUGAGAUUUGCGAGUUGGUGGCUGCAGCAAGAUUUGCUUAUGGUGAACUUGGAAGAGAGGACGAUGAUGAAGGUGAUGUUCCACCAGACGCUGAAGUGACUUUCAAAUUGGAACUCUUGAGUAUAAUGCCAGGCCCUGACAUUGCGAAUCUGACAGAUGAACAAAGAAUUAACCUUGGUGAUGAAAAACGAGAGCGUGGAAAUUAUUUAUUCAGAAGAGAUGAAUAUUCCCUUGCAGUCCAUUCUUAUACAAGAGCUUUGAAGUACUUGGGAGCAUCAACUUCUGAACCGAUUGUUGAACUCAAAAUAAAGUGUUGGAACAACAUAUCAGCUUCUCAUUUGAAGGUCAAGGAAUAUGCAGAUGCGAAAAAAGCCUGUGAUUCUGUCUUAGAAGUGGAUCCUGAUAAUGUGAAAGCUUUAUUUCGAAAAGGAAAGGUUUUAUAUGCACAAGGUGAAUACGAAGAGUCUGUGGAGCUUUUGAGAAAAGCAAAUACCUUAGAUCCAGAUAAUAGGUUAAUAAGAAAAGAACUGUACAUAGUCAGACAAAAAUUUGAUGACUCUAGGGAGAAAGAGCGAAGCAUGUAUCAAAGAAUGGUCAGCGGUUUCUCUGGUAAUGCAGAGGCAGACGCUAGCAGCACGUUUUUCACCUGGCCUGUUAUCCUGGGUGCCACCGGUAUCGUCAUAGGUGGUGUGGUUGCCGCCCUGUGGCUAUCAAGACAUUGAUCUGCUUCCUUGCCACAAUGCUGUCUGACUCUGCCUAAGGCACAGCCGAGGCAAUGACUUUGACAUCUGAGAUUUCCCUUUGUGGUCCAGAAGAUAUUACAGUCUGUGUUUAUGAUGUUUUGGGCUUUGUUUAAUGGACACUAAAUGAAACUGAAUUUCAGUAUUUUAGGGACACUCAUUAGGGCCAUUUAUACGAGUGAAAAUAAGCCGCGGCCUAAAUAAGCCGCGGCUUAAAUAAGUCGCGAAGAACUCGUAUAAACGGUUUAUUUACAAUUAGCCGCGGCUUAUUUAAGCCUAGGCUUCAACCCUGGGCUUAUUUUAGCCGCGGCUUGCGAACAAAAUGACCGUUUAUACGAGCCCUUCACGACUUAUUUAAGCCGCGGCUUAUUUAGGCCGCGGCUUAUU